CACCUAGCCUGUUAGCCGUUUAAAUGUCACUGCUGCUUGUUUAUUAAAGUCAGAGAUGAGCAGUAUUUAGCAGCUGCUGCCCAGUGUUAGCAGACUCUACAGCAAUACGAGGCUGCAGAGCACAACCAUCUUUGGUAGGGCAGUUUACAAGCCGUGCUUUUCUCUCUCGUUAUCAUUUCUAUUUGCUUAUCUCAACUGAAACCGUAUCACAAAGGAUGCAGGGUGCUCAUUAAUGAUGGCGUUAAAAGCAUCAUAUGAGCAAACGCCAGUGUGGUCCUCGGUGUCUUAUUGGAGCUACAUCACAGCGACCAAUGUCAAGAAAGAAAGUUGAAAUUAAAGCUUUUUUUGUUUGUUAUUAUUUGAUGUUCAACUGAUCCUUAAAAGCGCCCUGUUUGGUUUUCAAAGAGCUAACAAUGUGUGCCUGGAGCCAGAUAACAUCAGCAAACAUGGUUAUACUCGAAGUGCAAGGCCUGAUUAUUGCUAACAACAGGUCCCUGAUAGCUGCUAACACUCAGGUUGAUCAGGACUGAUGGAUGUAGUAGUAGCAGGACAAUCGUCGUAAAAAGAAGUUUCCUAGAUUUUUUUUUUAGUGGUGUUGUUUUCCUGUUGAAAAACUGCAAAAUGCUCACUUUGUGACCCACGGUCACUGCUCACAUAUAGUGGCAUUAACAUGUUGUGUUGAUGCUACAACUCCAAGGGUGCCCUCUUAGUCGAAUUUCACCUGUUGGAGAGCAAUCUUAGCCACUCACUUAAUCACUGGAAAGCAGUAGUCAGUGGCCACAGUGUUGCCUUCACUGUGUGCUUCUGAGUAAUGUCCAGCCUAAUCCACCAAACUGUGCCAUAGCCAGUGGUGUGUCUGGAGAGCACUGAUCUUGACCUGCUUUCUGACUGGCACCGGUUCAUAGAGUCUCACAGACUUGUGACUCAAGCCACCUGUGUGGUGUUUCUGCAGGGUGGGGCUGACUGUACGUUAAUGUACAGUAACACUACAAUGCUAACGAGAAAUAUAUUAACUUGUCGGUGUCAUUUUGGUUUAAUGCUGUUAUUCUGAGUAUCCCAACUGGUGUAACCCCCCACAUUUCUACUACUCCAGCAUUAUUUAAAGUACACAGCUAAGGGUCACACCACAAGGGUGAAUCUGACAAUAAGGGAAAGUUCUCUGAUGAACUGCAUUUUAAAACAUAACCACCAGAGAGCACACUAACCUAGGGUGAUAACUUCUGUUUUGGUGUUACAAGCUUACUGUUUUCCUAACAGCACAAUGAUGAAUCCACCGAAGAUGUACAGGGCUUUUGGCAUGACAUAACAAAGCUGGCAUUUUAGUUGGUGCACUUCUUUCAAAACAAUGUCACCAUUUGCAUGGGAGAUGAAGUGUAGUGGACAUGCAGUUGGCUGCUGAAAUUGAAGCAGAGUACGUGAACAGGAAGCUUAACUCAGUGUGGUUAGCCAAGCAUUGCAAAGCACUUGACUGCAGACAGGAAGUUAGAAUCACUGGCUGUCAACGGCUACUUUGCCUGUGUGUCUUCUCACUCACACACGUCAAGAUAUUUGGCUCAAAAUGGCCCAGGGAAAGGAUCAAUCCUUCGCCAGCCGUAUUUUCCACAAAUAUCUUAAGAGUGGCCAAGAGCAGAAAGGACAAGAGAGUGAGAUUCCUCAUAUCUCUGAGUUCACCAUAAUGUGGGAUCAGUUGAUGAAAGAGUUCUUAGCUAAAGCCAAAGAAGAUUUUUUAAGAAAAUGGGAGUGUCCACCACAGAACACAACGAGCCUGGAUGACUUUGACAGGUUCAAGACUCUGGGCACUGGCUCAUUUGGACGAGUAAUGCUUGUUAAACAUAAAGGAACAAAUCAGUUCUAUGCCAUGAAGAUCUUGGACAAACAAAAAGUGGUGAAGUUGAAGCAAAUAGAACACACGCUAAAUGAAAAGAGAAUACUGCAGGCCGUCUCCUUCCCCUUCCUCGUCAGAUUGGAGUACGCUUUCAAGGACAACUCAAACCUCUACAUGGUGAUGGAAUAUGUGCCCGGUGGAGAAAUGUUCUCACACCUCAGACGCACUGGAAGGUUCAGCGAACACCAUGCACGAUUUUAUGCAGCUCAGAUCGUACUCACCUUUGAGUACCUUCACUCCUUAGACCUCAUCUACAGAGACCUGAAGCCUGAAAACCUGCUCAUAGACCAACAUGGAUACAUCCAGGUCACAGACUUUGGCUUUGCCAAAAGAGUAAAAGGCAGGACCUGGACAUUGUGUGGAACUCCUGAGUACCUCGCUCCAGAGAUCAUCCUCAGCAAGGGCUACAACAAGGCUGUGGACUGGUGGGCACUUGGAGUUCUUAUCUAUGAGAUGGCUGCUGGUUACCCUCCUUUCUUUGCUGAUCAGCCUAUCCAGAUCUAUGAAAAGAUUGUGUCAGGCAAGGUACGAUUCCCUUCUCACUUUAGCUCUGACCUGAAGGAUCUACUGAGAAACCUGCUCCAGGUGGACCUGACAAAGAGAUUUGGCAACCUGAAGAAUGGUGUGAAUGACAUAAAAAAUCACAAGUGGUUCUCCACUACAGACUGGAUUGCUAUCUAUGAGCGAAAGGUUGAAGCCCCCUUCUUGCCAAAGUGCAGAGGACCAGGAGACACGAGCAACUUUGAUGACUAUGAAGAGGAGGACAUUCGUGUCUCACAAACAGAAAAGUGUGCAAAAGAGUUUGCUGAUUUCUAGUGAACGGGCAAGAGUCCCAUCAGGGCUCUCGCACUUUGGGAUAUUUGCACUCUGUAGAAGGUUAAGGUGGAGCCGAGGCCGUCAGGUUGCUCAAACAGACGCCUCGUUCCUUCAUUCCACACAGCUGAAUGAGGUCCUUUUUGCCAUGAUUCUGCGUGCAUUUAGCACUAUUCUAUACACAGGCACAUUAUGCAGACACCUGUUGUGCUGCAACACAAAGUACUAGACCACGUUCUCAUCAUUUGUCUUUUUUUUUUUGUUGUUGUUCUCUGUGUUGGCCACUUUUAAGUAUAGCCCCUCUCCUUUUUCAAUUUCUUUGAAAUGCGACAUGAAAGCGAAUAUUAUUCCCAUUUUUAAGCGGCACAAAGAGUGAUUGAUUGUAUUAGCUGGUGUUGCACAUAUUGUGAUUUAAGGUUUGGGAAAUUUAAAGGAUUUUUUUUUCUGACAAAGAGUUUGCCAGUUAUCUGUCGUCUGUUACAUACCUGAGUGUCUUUUAGGGUUCAGUUUAGUAUUUGUUAAUAAUGAACACUGAAACAUGAAGCGUUGUUCAUCAUUCUGGUGUCCUUAAGACCCAGAACCGUGUAUUUGUGCAUAGAGAUAUAUACAUUGUCUAUGAGAUAUAAGAUUUGUUUUUCUAAGUUUUGUUUAAGCAUGACCAAAAUUCGAUCAGGAAGAAUUGGUGUUGAAUGAAGAAAAAGAAACACUGGGGAUUUCUCAGUUUUUGAUUUUCAAAGAAGGAGAUUACAAGUUGACAAUUGACAUUAAGAAGCAGAAACUGGUCAGUCUGUUUUAGCUGAUCAGUUGUAGCAUUGUUUAUCCAUAUCCGGUCACAGAACAUUUCCUAUUUACCUCAGUCUUGGUGCGGUAUUAAAGUUAUGGAAUGAAAUUAUAUAUUUUUCAGAUACAACUUUGUUUCACGAUGAAGGAAACUGAGGAUUAUGUUACUGCACGCAACAGAUCAUUUAUGUAGUACUAGAAGUGCGUCAACAUGGCAUUUUCCACUGGCUGAAAGUUCAGACAUUCUUUAGAAGUAUAUCAUGGGUGCAAAGCAGUGUUGGUCACAUGUCUGAUUAGGUUGCUUUUAUUUUAUUUUUAAUUUUUUUAAUUUUUUUUUUAACUUCUAUGUUUUAACAGAGCACUUGGAAGACAUUGUGUAACUGCCAUAUUUCUUUCGUUUUUUUAUUUUUACUCUUGCAUGUUUGUUAUGUACGUACAGCGGUGUCACAACAAGCUAAUAGUGCCCUAAAGUUUCCCGCCACUUUUGUUUGUCAGUUCUGUUAAAAUUGUUUCACAGCCUGGGACAGUGAUGUAGUCAGCGAAAGGCAGUUUUGAACAGCAUGACGUGAUCGAGCAAAAAAAAAAAGACUAAGAAAAACGUGCAACCAACCUGUCAUAAUAACAGAAUUGAAAUAUAAGCUUAAAGUAUUCAUUGAUCUGGGUCACUGCAAGCAGUUACAGUCUGCUUGCAUCAUUUUCUUACCAACUUACACACUGUGAUGGAACAAUAUUCGCUCAUUCUUCUCUGCAAAAUUGCUCAGGCUGAUUGAGGUCAGUAAGAGAAAUUUAAGGGACAAAAUGUUUUUUUUUUUUCUAAUGUAUGCCACUCUUGUUAAGUUAUUGUCUGUGCAUAUAUAAUACACUUACCCAUCAGAGAAGUAUACUGUAGGUUUUAUUAGAGAUUUUUCUAUAGUGAGCACCCGCCAUGUCGCAUUAAUUCUAACAUCUGUCCUUUCUGCUGAAAUCCUCCCGUUGACAUGUCAAAAUGUUGUAAGUAAAGAAUCUGUAUGUCAAAUGUUCAGUACCUACAAGGCAGUUCUGCUUUUGUGAACCCUUUAUUCCUUUUUUAGGAAGCUCUGCCGUCCGAGUGGAGAUCAGAGCUUGAGGUCAUUUCUGCAGGUUGGACCCUCAGAGCUGUGGGGAAAUCAAAGUUUAACAUUUCAAGUUGUGUCUGAAACAAUUAUGCACUGUUGACAGUCUUUCAGUUUGAAGUCUUCAGACGUUUUGAUUGUUAUUUGCCUUGAUGCUUUGGUUUUGUAAAUGAUGGAAAUGCAGUUCAAUCAACUUCAACAAUCUUAGACAACCAAAUGUGAAAGUCUGGGGACUGAAUGCUAUUUUAGGUACAGAUGCACUGUAUAUGGAUAUUUGCUGUGCUUGAAUUUGAACUUUGUUUUUCAUUGACUGAGAUCAUGUUUUUAUUUAGCCCUUGUUUCAUUUCAAAGGCACAACUUUUUCUUAUUUUUAUUUAUAUUUGGAGAUUAUAAAUAACAUUUACAUGUUUAAACUUCCAUAGGUCCCAGUAUACUGUAUGUAAGGAAGUUGCAAAUGUUAUAUUUUACUAAAAUAUAUUGAAUUAUUUAUUUGUACACCCUUUUCUUCCAUUUGCCCGUAACAAGUAUAAAACUUAUUUACCAGUUAAUGCACAUCAACGCCUCUAAUGCCUAUCUAAAAUUGUACCUUUUAGUUUUAACUUAUUUUUUUAUUCUCCUUACCUUUUUAUGAUUCUUUUUUCUCCUUUUUGGAAUUUAACUUUUAUCGAAAGGGAUCCAAAAUAUUUUUUUCCCCCAGAAUGUAAUGUCAAGAUCAAAAAUAUUAUUUAUUCGGAAAAAUUUGGAAAACUACAACUGGGAAUUCUAGCAUGUUUCUGUCCAAACUGCCUGUUGUGUGUGUGUGUGUGUGUGUGUGUGUGUGUGUGUGUGAAAAUCUUCCCAAAAACUGUGUAGGAAAAAUUCACGGUUCCUCUAAUGCAUUGUUUAUCUCCCAAGUAUGUGAAAUGUUUGUCAGUCUCAAUGUAAAUGAUGGCACUUUUCCCCAAGCCACUCCACACUCCUGACUGAAGGAAAUAAGUUCAUGAGUUCUUGUAGCUAGUCACACAUGCCAGUAUGGGAUCAAUAAUCUGAAAUGUGUCUGUGUUUAGUUUGUGGAUUUUUCUUUUGCACAUCAUUUAGAAGGCUGACACGGUUUUUCCCACCCAUAUUUACUUGUGUUUGCAAGGGGAAUAUACUUUGCUGUAGCAAAUUUUAUGUAACAAAGGAUAUGUCACUAUAAUAAAUUCUUUUUAUUAAAACCA